GUUUGGAUGCGUCUGCUCAGACCACCUCCCACGAACUCACCAUUCCAAAUGAUUUGAUUGGCUGCAUCAUCGGGCGCCAGGGCGCCAAGAUCAACGAGAUCCGCCAGAUGUCGGGGGCGCAGAUCAAAAUUGCCAACCCGGUGGAGGGCUCCACCGACAGGCAGGUCACCAUCACCGGCUCCGCAGCCAGCAUUAGCUUGGCCCAGUAUCUAAUUAAUGUCAGUUUAGAAAGCGCUAAACCCUCCUCCCAGGCAGCCUCCGUCACGAUCCCUGACCACCUCAGCAUCAACCUCUCUCAACCCUCCACCCCUUCUUCUUCUUCCUCCUCCACCACCACCCCCUCGCUCGCCACGGGGGGGGGCUCCGAAGCACCCGCCAGCCUCCCCAACCCUCUUCCGACCGCCCCUUGUGUCUCCAGUCUGCUUGGCAUGAAACCUGUCCCUCUCCUGGCUCUAAAUGUUGUGUCUGCUGCUAAGGGCGCCUCCGCCCCGGCCGUGCCGUGUGUCUCUAACAAACUCAAGGCGGAGAAGCAGAGGUUCUCUCCCUACUGAGCCCCCCCCUCCCAAAAAAAAAACAAAAAAACAAACAAAAAAGGGCUGGGGGAGGUUUUGGGGGGGGGAUAACACAACGCGGAGCCCCCCUAGAGGAGACUCGAGCAGAAAACAAAUUUAAUUUGGGGUUUCCUAAAUUUCAUUUUGGGGUUCCUUGCGGGUUUUCCUUCCUCCUCCUCUUUUUUUUUCUUCUUUUAUAUUUUUAUUAUUUUUUAUUUUUUUUGGGGUGUUUCGUAGCCAUUUUUCUGCUUUUUUUUAUUUUUAUUUUUUAACUUUUCCUUUAUUUUUGCCAGCCCGCUGCCCCUUCCAUCCCUCCUUGACUCCUCCAGCUUACAACCCUCGCUUUUUUUUUUUUUCCCCCUUUUCCCCUCUUUUUUUUUUUUAUAUUUUUUAGGAAUUCGGUUGCAAUCGCGGUGCGGGGGGGGGUCGUGGGAUGUUGGGAUGGGGAGGGGGGGGUGGGGGGGGUUCGUUACCGAAUAAACGAGUCUGGAUUUAAUUGCAUUCCGGGUCGGGUGCCCGCGGGGGGGCUCGCGGCCUCGCCUGUCUCUUUUUCUGUCUGUACCUGUAAUAAAGUUGCCACGGUGAGAA